AAGUUCAAAUUUUUCAUUUUGUCUCGCAAUUCCAACGCCCCUCCAUAGCCCCUUGUCUUCCUCUCUAGCGCCAGUGUUUCUCUUUUUCUUCCCCUUCCCCCUUGUCUGCUUUCUUCUUCUCCCAGACAUUUCGUCAAACAAGUUACGGGCUUGGCGUUUUCAUUCUUCUGAUUCUGCGUUUCCGAAGAAGAAGAAGAAGAAGAAGAAGGCGAGAUUCUUGCGAAAGAUUCUUUUCCCCCUAUUUAAUGAGAUUAUAGUUUGGGUGGGUCAUGGAGGGAGCGGAGAUGGAGCUUGAGCGGCGGAGCAAGUUUCUUAACGGCCUCAUUCAAAAGAAGAAGGCGGUGGAGCAGCAAGAGGAGCGCGAUCGUCUCAACAUUCGUGUUAGAGCCUCCGAUAUGCCGUUUCCUCUGCAGAAUCGCGCUUUCAGCUGCGCUCGUGAAUUGCUUGACUCGAUGCCCGGCAAACUCGAUAGCAAACGCUUCGCUCUCGCCCUUAAAAAGGAAUUUGAUUCCUCCUAUGGUCCUGCUUGGCAUUGCAUUGUGGGAACUAGCUUCGGUUCCUAUGUAACGCAUUCUCUGGGUGGCUUCUUAUAUUUUUCAAUAGACAAAGUUUACAUCCUUCUCUUCAAGACAGCGGUCGAGCCCCUAUCUCGUGGAACAUCGUUAAAAGAUUGAAUUUCUCAAUUCGAAACUCGAAGAACAGGCAUCGAUAUGAUCGUAUGAUUGGAAAAUCUGCUAAAGUCAUGAGCAAGAACAACCAGGUUCAGUCAUAACAUUACUCUUGUUGGUUGUAUCAUUGACUUAACCUUGUUUAAGAAACAGAGUGUGCAGGCUUUGCUGUGAUGUGAGUUGUGCAUUAUUCUAGUUGCUGAUUAUGAAAUUUUGAUGUGUGCAGUUCAACAGCAAUGAUUUAUGAUGUUGUAAGACUUCAUUUUUUUA